UCCAUUUUUGCCAUAUAUUGCUUUUGGAACUUAAAAAUGAAAACUGAGAUGUCAGGGUCACCAUCAGGUUUAGACUUAUACAGGAUUCAGAUAAAAAAUGGGACUGAGGUCACCAUGUUUAUACUGAUGGGCUUUACAGAUGAUUCGGAGGUGCAAAUCUUUCUCUUUUUACUAUUUCUAGCAAUCUAUCUUUUUACAAUGAUAGGAAAUUUGGGGUUGGUUUUUUUGGUCAUUAUGGAUUCCCGGCUCCACAACCCCAUGUACUAUUUUCUGACAGCAUUAUCCUUCUUGGAUGCUUGCUAUUCUUCUGUUAUCACCCCCCAAAUGCUGAUCAAUUUCCUAUCAGAGAAUAAAACCAUUUCCUUUCUUGGAUGUGCCACACAGAUGUUUCUCUUUCUUACUUGUGGGACCACAGAGUGCUUCAUCUUGGCCGCAAUGGCCUAUGACCGCUAUGUAGCCAUCUGCAAUCCUCUCCUGUAUUUAGUUACAAUGUCACCCAGAGUCUAUGUGCCACUUAUAAUUUCCUGCUAUGUUGUUGGUAUCUUGCAUGCUACUUUACACACAGUGGCUACUUUUACCCUAUCCUUCUGUGCCUCCAAUGAAAUCAGACAUGUCUUCUGUGACAUCCCUCCCCUCCUUGCUAUUUCUUGCUCUGAUACUCGCAUGAACCAGCUUCUAGUUUUCUAUUUUGCAGGCUCUAUUGAAAUAUCCACCAUAUUGAUUGUCCUGAUCUCCUAUGGCUUCAUCCUGCUGGCCAUUCUGAGGAUGCGUUCUGCUGAAGGGAGAAGGAAAGUCUUUUCUACCUGUGGCUCUCACCUAACUGGAGUGUCCAUUUUUCAUGGUACGGUUCUCUUUAUGUACGUGAGACCCAGUUCCAGCUAUGCCUUGGAUCAUGACAUGAUUGUGUCUGUAUUUUACACCAUCAUAAUUCCCAUGCUGAAUCCCAUCAUCUAUAGUUUGAGGAACAAAGAUGUCAAAGAGGCAAUGAAGAAAGUGUUUGGGAAAAAUUGGUUUAUGAACAAAGUAUACUUUUCACACUAA